GGCGAUGCCACACACCCCCUGAGCCGGCCGGGGUCACCCUGGCUGGCACCCGCCGCCGCAGCGCGAUGGCCAGGCUGCAGGCUCCGUCCAGGAGGCGGCAGGGACGUUAGCCGGGGGGUCUCGGCGGCACGGCUCACCCGCGGACUGGGAGGAGCGGAGAGCAGCAGAAGAGCCACCGAAGCACGACCCAACCCCGUCCACCGUGUAUGAGGCUGGGACGCAGUACGCAGGACCCGCGUCCGCAGAGACACCCCUUCCGAUGUCCCGGCAUGAGACUUCUCCGACAACGGUGCAACCCGCCAGCAACCACCGCCCCAACGCCUGCUGCUUCUGCUGGUGCUGCUGCUGCAGUUGCUCGUGGAACGAGGACCGGGAGCGAGCAUGGAGGGCGUCCCGGGAGACCAAACUGGAGACCAUCCCAAACUGUGAAGCAUGCGCCAAACCCACUCCGGAGGAGGUGCGGGGCUGGGCACAGUCCUUCGACAAGCUGAUGAAGAGCCCGGCGGGUCGCAAUGUCUUUCGGGAGUUCUUGCGGACUGAGUACAGCGAGGAGAACAUGCUCUUCUGGCUAGCAUGCGAGGAGCUCAAAAACGAGUGCAACAAGCACACCAUCGACGAGAAGGCCAGGAUGAUCUAUGAGGACUACAUCUCCAUCCUCUCGCCCAAGGAGGUGAGCCUGGACUCGCGGGUGCGGGAGGUCAUCAACCGCAAGAUGCAGGAGCCGUCCUCGCACACCUUCGACGACGCGCAGCUCCAGAUCUACACGCUCAUGCACAGAGACUCCUACCCUCGCUUCCUGAACUCUGCCAUAUACAGAUCGCUGCUCCAGAGCGUCUCCCGCUCCUCCUCGGAGUCCUAAGGGCGCCCGCCGGCCACGGGGACGUCGGCAGGGACGCGGU